AGUUCAUGUGCGGGCAGAAGCGCGUUUAGACGAGACCCCCCGAAGCGAGCGGCGAGAAGAGGAGGAGGGGGAGGAGGUGGCGGUGGGGGGGGCAGGCGAGGGAGGCCCGGCGCCAGAACGAGCCCGAAAGCUCAGGAAACUCUGUGGACCGGAUUUGCCUGACUUUAGACUUUUUCUGGGUUUGUUUUGGAGGGUUGGAGGGGCUGCUUCGGAACUGUGACGCAGGGUUAAAUGAUCACGUCAGCCAGAAGAGUGUCUCCUGAUGUACCCGAAGUUCAGAUCUCCUUCAGCCUUGACCAUACAUCAGACACAAGAGAUGCCGACAAGCUUGCACAGACUUUCCCAGAACUUGAACAACGACUUCAGCCUGUGUCGCCGUGCGUGUCCCUGAAGGAGAGCGUGCACGUGUACAAGGAACACUGCAGGAUGGCGAAGGAGUUCCACCAAGUCAAGCACGACAUCGCCGCCCUGGAGGAACGCAAGUGUCAGCUCCUGGCCGAAUUGGUGGAGGACCAGAAGGUAGCGGCGGAGAUUUCCCGCCUGGAGGACGAGUUCCGCCGUCUGUCCGAGGAAAACCAAACACUAGUGACGAAGCAUGGUGAGCGGUCGCGGCAACUGCAGCGGCUACGCAGGACCAACUCGUCCUGACCGUACACUUAUCUGGAAACUUUUUUUUUUUUUUUUUUUUUUUAAACAAACCACACACAAAUGCUAUGUCGUCGUUGGUUUUUGGAGCUCCGACGUUAAGGGCCAUCUUUGUGGAAGCAAAGAUUAGCAUUUAAGCGCACGUUAGCCGCUACGUUGGUGUAUUCACGGGAGCUGCGUGGAAGGAGGCCCGAGGUGCAGUGAUGUGGUCCAAACGGAGUUGAAGGCGGUAUUUGUGCAGAUCAAAACUUCGGAACCAGGCCGGGAUUAUGUUCAGUGUGUGGAGGGUGCGUUUGAGAAAACUGGGAUUUCUGAACGUCUACGCCGCUGAAGUCAGACUUGAUUAUCUGCGUGUUGGUUUGGAUUCUGGUUAAGUUUGGCUUGUAGGCUGAAAUACAAAUUUUUCACCAGGGACAGAUGGCAGUGGGGCUUUUUUGUUAGUUUUUUUUGUUCUUUAGGGACAGAUGACGCAGUGUUUUUGUUUUUGUUUGUUCUUUAGUCUGUAAGGUUAAACACAUUGAAUGUGCGGCCAGGACUGCCAAGUUAUUUCUGCCACGCUUCACGUAAUUUAAUCACUUUUGUAAACUUGCGGACAGCUUGGUUCUGUUUGAUGAGUGAAAUGAAAUGAAACAUUGUUAUUGGUUUGCGUUCAACAGAGUCAUGUCAGCCCUCGAGGCAGAAGUCUCUCUGAUGAACCGAAACAAACAAACGGACAGAGCAAGGAAGAAUUGAGAGAUACAAACGAAAGUAGCGAGCCGAAUGUCGCCCACCGUAACGGAGUAAGAGUAGUAUUUCUUUGGAACAACUGGAGUAAAGGUGACAUGAAUGUUGCUGUAAAACUACUCUGGCAAGUAGAACGAAUCCCAAAAGUUCCCUCGCUUAGAUGUAACGGCGUACGAGCCGCCUCCGAGGGUUAUUGUGAUGUGUGUGCAUGCUGCAUCGAAACACAAGUCAAGUUUGGGGAACUUCACAGUAGAUUUUAAUAGUCGACGAGUCCGGUCACUCAUCGUAAUCGUCAGUCUCCAAGCCCCUCCCCCUCACUUCAUUUGCAAAUGUCACACUUCCCGUCACGGCGAGAAGGAAAAGAGGCGAGGUUGCGAUUGGUCGCCGGAUGAACGAACGGGAACUACGUCGGAGCUGAAUCGCGCAACAGCAAUCUUUCAAUAAACCGAAACUUGAUUCCAAG